UCUUUUGAGGCUCAGCUUGACAACUUCAAAGGUAAUUUGGAAGGAAAUAGGUGCCUGUACAUCACAGAGUUCUCUCCUAAAAUUCUUCUUAUGCGAAUUGCGAAACUUUUAUUGCACAUGUGGAGUUGGCUAAUUAGUUUUCACAUAUAUAAUGUUCAUGGGAAGCUUAACAGCCUUCCUUUUGACCUGUUGGUCGUGCCUCACGGCGCCCCGUGGCUAGCUUUUAAGUGCAUAGUGUUAUGGACAGGCCUGCUAGACUUUGCAGAGCCAACUCACAAGUGUGUCUGUGCCUGUGUCAGAGAUCUUCAAUCCUCUGUCAGAAGGAAAAAAGGAGACUCAAGUGCAGAAGCCAGCUUAACCAGAGGAGCCCAAAAGUUAGUCCUGGUCUUAACUCUUAAAAUAAAUGGAUGAAGAGAUUGGUGAAUCAGUAUUCCAAGAUUCAGAUUUGGACACUACAUAUGUGAUUAGUUACUAAGGGGAGCCAAUUUAGUGUGCAUUUUAAUUUCGCAAAAGAAUAUAUGAAAGUCAUGCAGACAACAUUAACUUUGAAACUUGACUGGAAUCCUUCGACCGUCACCCUGAGUGCUUUAACAAUGGAUUUGAAGGAGCAUUUAGGUGCCUGAUUAGAUCGAGGGGCUCUCUCCUUCAUUUCCCUGCAUACUUUAAUAUAAGAUAUCCCAGAGAGAAUGUGAAACUCAUGCUUUUGACUUACAAAAGUUUGUAAAAUAUGUAAAACCUCCCUCUCUUUGCCCUGAAGGGUGAGUUGUAGAGGACAACAAUUAUUCAGUCAAUAAUUUGAUAAACAUUAAACAAGCACAGCAAAUCCAGCCAUACAUGCAUGCACAAAAUUAAAUAUUUCAAUUUUCCAAUACACUCAUGCAUCCAUUAUUUAUUUAAUUAAAAAUUGCUAGCCACCUACUGCUGAACUAAUUAAAAGGAUAGAAAUCAUAACCAUAUCUUGGAAAUCUUUGAGAAGAACUUCUUAGCUGUAAUCUUCCGAAUGGAGCCAAAGAAAAUAAAAGGGUAUCGUUGCACUGGCAUGUAUUAAUUAGCUCUGCCUAUAUGAUUUUUUAUCUUCAAAUCUUUCAUACUGUAAGUAAGUUUUGUUUCUAAGUUUAGGUAAUAAUUCCGAUUUCAUUGUUUAGUUCUUCACAAAAAUUGCAGAGUAAAAAGAAAAAGCUAAAGCAUGAGAAUAGAUCAAUAUUCCACAGAUAUUAAAACUCACCAACUAUAUCAGAAACUGAGUCAUGGGUAAUAUCAGGAAAGAAGCCCUCUCCUGCUAUUUAAUGAUGUAUUACUUUAUUAUUUCACCUUGCCCACCAUAUAAUAAACAUUUUAAACAAUAAGAUUAUACAGCUCAUAUGUGCUCUCUACAGUUGAUAAAUAAGCUACUCAUGGAAACCACCCAUUAUUUUAAUCAAGUACAUUAGGCCUUUCUAAAUUUCUCAGAAUUAUUAGGAACAUUACAUGUAGUUGAGAAGCUAAUCGAGAUAUGAUUCCAACCCCUUGCCAAACAAAUCCAAAAGAAAACUUCCAUACAUGUACAUGUUCCAUAAAAUAAACUUCAGUCGUGCAUUAUGAAUUUUAUAUUUAAUAUACUAGCCCCUUUGAAACUCUUGACACCUUAAAAUAAUCCCAUUACUAUGUAAUUAUUUUUAUCACAAUCAUCUAAUUAUUUUGUGUUAUAGUAGUUGAUGGAUUUAAGCUUUUAUGGAGGAGACAACCUUUCCUGGAUACAUAUUACAUGACAAACACUAACUAAACUGAAGAAAUAAAGCAAUCCAGCCGUGCAAUCACAUGCUUAUUUAAUUAGGCCACUGUUCAUCUCGUCACUCUUACUAUGGUUGUCUACCUAUAAAUACCAACACUCGAGUUUCAAUGCCAACACAAGUUUUAAAACUCCCCUCACCAGAGAGAAAAUCAUAAGAAAUGACUGCUCUUUCUUCAAAACCUAAUCACAUUCGGUCAGUCAGUUUUCCUGGCAGAUCACACCCAACCACCCAGAGAGUUGAAGAGGAGCUAAACAAGCUCAAAUCUUUAGAAGUAUCAGUUGCACCAGCAGCUGUGAGCAAUGGUCUACUUGGUUUGGAGAAAUCAUACAAGUGCAUUGAUGAUCUUUUCAACUUACCUCAAACCCUUCAAGCCCUCUCCCAGAAUCUACAUGCAAAAUGGCUUGACGAUUUAUUGGAUAAAUCAGUGAGGCUUCUUGACCUUUGUGGCACAAUAAGAGAACUUGUCUCACAAUGUAAAGAAAAUGUAAGAGAUCUUCAAUCCUCCCUCAGAAGGAGAAAAGGAGAUUCAACUACAGAUGACAGCAUUGAAAGAUUUACCGCUUUCAUCAAGAAGAUCAAGAGGGAUGCCAAAAGAUUAGUCUCCACUUUGAAGCAAAUGGAUCGAGUGACUGCAGUAUCGGUCUUGCUAGAUGCAGAUCAAGAUGCAUUACCUGCGAUAAGAGCAAUAAAAGAAGCUAAUGCAGCAUGUCUUUCAACUUUCCAAAUGCUCUUGUCCUUCUUGUGUGUGCCACUUUUGAAGCCUAAGCCAUCUAAAUGGUCACUGCUUCCAAGAUUGGUAAACAAAGAAAGAAUAGUUCCACUAGUCCUAGAAGAAAACAUGAGCUUAGAUACCAAGCUUGAUAACUUUGAGGCUUAUCUUGUCAGCUUCGAAGAUGGAUUGGAAGCAACAUUUAGAUGCCUGAUUAGAUGUAGAAGCUCACUACUAAAUGUUUUCUCCUGUUAAUGUGGCAGUUGAUAUUCCAUAUACGUUAAAUUGUAUAUACACAGUUUUGUAGUUAUGUGACAAUCUUCAGGUGAUUGAGUAUACAUCAAUUUCGUGUCGUUUUAUCUAUUUAUAUCUAUGUAGUAGUACAUAUGGAGUGUGCAUGAAUACUGCCAUAAACUGUGUUAGUAGGACUAUAAUUCAAAUACCUGAAUAAGAGUCCAAUUUAACAUGUUAUGUGUAGAGUUUUAGCAUACAGGAAGAGUUUCUGCAGUAUUUGUCAAAAUCUGAUGUCAGGUUAAGUUUUAUCCCCAAAAUAGUUUUAACCUGCAGUGCACAAAUCAACUCAAGUCUCAUAACAAAUGCACUGCCAGGAUGAUAAAAUCGGAGAUAUUACUCUACCUAUGAUACUAGAUAUGUUAUGGAACAGAGAAAAUACUCCCUCCCUUUCAAUUUGUUUGUCUGGUUUUGACUUGGCAGUGAGUUUAAGAGUAUUGCCCAAGAGUCCAAGACUAUAGGGAUACAACAUUUGUUCUCUCAACCGAUGUGGAACAAUUAACAAUUCCUCACAAGCUAAUGGCUGGACAUCUAACACAUACAGGGGUCCAACGUUGUUAACAGAUCGAGCUGGACAUCUAACAUGACAUGAGCCGCCAAUAUCGGAAAACAGAAGAAUGGAGAUAAGGUCUUGUGUCUGAUACUAUGUUAAGAAAAUGGACCUCAACCUAGAAAGCUAACUCGUGAGAUAAGGAUAGCCAAAGACCAUUAAGUAGACAACAAGCUCAAUCUCUGAACCAAUGUGGGAUAAGGCGCAAUUUUGAUGUUCAUAAGACGCGUUCCUAUAAAUGAAGCAUCUAGAAUAUGCAACAUCCGAACAGAAAAAAAAAUCAAAUUAAUAGAAACAGAAACUAUUGUGACAACAUGUUUCACAAAAAUAAAUACAGCAUAGGAAGAAGUCCACCUAACCUUCUAGGAGGAAGCUACACAGAAAGUCAGUCUUCUUUAUAUCCUUCUGUUUGACUACAUUAUAUAGAACGAAUAUAAGCUUCCAGCUGCAAUGGAACCCUAUAUGUUCAAUGAAACGUCAAAAACAAUAACCAUGAAAAGUUCACAGGACUGAUCUUGAAAAGAAAAUGAAUGUCAUACAUAUACAAAGAAUUUCUAUCCUACAGCCAGUGGCCUAGACCCAAAAAAGGGGCUU